CUUUUCAUCACCUUGCCCAUAAUCUUUUGGUCUGUGCUUCACCGUCAUGGCCAAGUCUCUUUCCGUCGUCACGCCAAAGGCUGUCCCCCAGGGCACUCCUGAGUUUGAGACAAAGCGGGCUUCACUGCUUCAAGCCUUGGCUGAAAAGGUUCCAUCUGAGUACCUUUUGCCUCAGGAACUCAUCAACAGCCCGCCUCUUGAUGUGUCUGGGAUACCCGCUACCUGUGGGAUCUUGACUGCCGAGGAGGUUGAGAUUACAGAGACCUACGAUGCAGUCGGUCUUGCGGAAGCAAUUGCAACCAAGAAAUACACUGCGGUUGCGGUGGCUACGGCUUUUUCGAAGCGCGCCAUCAUUUCUCACCAACUCACUUGCUGUUUGACCCAGUGGUUCAUGGAUGAGGCGCUUGAGCAAGCGACGAAGUUGGAUCAGUACCUUGCCAAGAAUGGAAAGACGAUUGGCCCUCUACACGGAGUACCUAUCAGCAUCAAGGACCACAUGCCCAUAGGAGGAACCUAUUCUUCGCUUGGAUGCAUGAGUACUAUUGUCAAGGACGAAAAGGACAGCCACAUGAUUGCGAUUCUGCGUGACAUGGGCGCCGUGUUCUACUGCAAGACCAACCAACCCCAAACCCUGAUGCACCUUGAAAGCGACUCUCUCUGGGGUCGAGUGCUGAAUCCUUUCAACAUCAACCUCACGGCUGGUGGUUCUACCGGCGGCGAGGCGGCCUUGGUAGCCAUGAAAGGAUCCGUCUUGGGCGUUGGCAGUGAUAUCGGUGGAAGCAUUCGCGCACCGGCUGCGUUUUGCGGCAUCUACGGGUUCAAGCCAACAUCGCCUCUGCUACCGAUGAACGGGUUCCUCGCGUCUCCGUCCGCAGCUGAGCUCAACAUUCUAUGCUCGACGGGACCCAUGUGUCGCAGCUUGAGAGACAUGGAUUUUUUCAUGAAUGGCAUCCUCGCGGCCAAGCCGUACCUUGUCGACCCCAAGGUUGUUCCACUCCCCUGGACAGGCCUGAAGACGCCUUUGAAUAAGCGCCUGAAGAUUGGCAUUAUCAACAACGACGGCUUCAUCGAGCCUCAGCCGCCUGUCAAAAGGGCGAUGGCGUGGGCAAAGGAACUUUUGGCGGACCCCAAGCAUGCAGAGCUCAUUGAAGUAAAGGAAUUCAAGCCCUUUGGUGCGGCUGAUGCAUGGUCCAAGGCCCGGCGGAUGUACUGGCCCGAUGGAGGAGCGGGUAGUAAAGGCGCUAUCCUCGCCACCGGAGAGCCACUCCAUCCUCUGAGCGACUGGAUCUGGAAGGACGAAGAGCCUAAUGGGAUGCAAACUGCCCAAGACGUGAAUUUGGCGCGCAGAGAGAGAGAUGACUUCCGCUGCGACUUUGCCGCGAGUUGGAAUGAGCAAGAUGUGGAUGUGGUGAUUGGACCAGCCUUUGUCGGACCGGCUUCUGCCCAUGACACGGCCUUUUACUGGACUUAUACAUCGCUCUACAACCUUGUCGACUACCCUGGCGUGGUGGUUCCCACUCCGAUCAAGGCCAAGAAGGAAGAGCAGUACGACUCCAGCUACGUCCCAUUGAGCGACGCCUGCAAGCACGUCAAAGAGCUGUGGGAAGGAUCAAACUUUGAGGGUGCUCCAAUUGAGCUUCAGUUGGUGGCGCGCAAGUAUCACGACAAUGAGUUGUUUGGUGCCCUAGCGGUGUUGAAGGGCAUUCUUGGUUUACCUUAAUCUGGCCUUGAUGGCGACGCACAGAAUUGGAGGGUGUAAAUUAAGUAUCG